AUGUCUAUAAGUGGAAUCCCACAGGAAAAUGUGAAGUGGCUGUGGCAGAUGUACUGUGCAUCUCUUGCGCCUCUGUCAUUUGAAGAGGAGGUUGUGGUAGAAAUGUGGAGAUUAUUCGCCGCAUUUUUGGCCCCACUAUCGUUGCAGCCUUCCGCGACAGCGUCUAACCAGGCCUCUUCGGCAAUUGCAACAUUUACAUUUACGGUGGACCUCCGUAGUGACGGUCUAACUGCAGAAAUGCGAACUGCCCUUGUUAAUCAGCCACAGAUUGUUGUACCACUUUUGGAGUUUUUUAGGGCGGUGCUGGACUACCAGCAAAAUUCCGAAGAGCAUCGACGGGGAGCUCUCGGAUCCAAGCGAUUGGUUUGUUCAGUCAUCGGUGACGAUGCUUGCGCGACGUCAUUUGAUGCGUUGGGGGCCUCCUUACUAGGCCAGCUUGUGGUGAUUCGUGGGACAGUGGUACGCAUGAGCCCGUCACGGGUGGUUUGUGUAAAGAUGGCGUUUCGCUGCUGUUUAUGUGGAGCAAUCGUUGAGGUUUCAACGGAAGAUGGGGUCCUGAUAUACCCUGGAUCAUGCCGUGGUAGAUGCCGGGGUUACAAGUGGUCCCCGUUGGUGGAACAAGGAAAGUGCGAGGAGGUUCAGGUGCUAAAGAUUCAGGAGCAAUCAGGCGUAUACGAUGGAUCCACAGGCGGCGGGAAUAUUCACAAGAUGAUGACGGUGGAGCUGCGUGGCAUAUGGAUUGAUGCUGCGACAGUUGGUGAAUCAGUCAUUUUAUGUGGUGUUCUUUUUGCAAGGCGUAGUGAGGGCCGUGCUGACGCCACACAGCAAAUAGCUGUGAGAGCGUACUCCAUAGAGGGAAGUCGACAUGACAGUGAGCGGAGUGUUUUGCUGUCGAUGAACUCAUUAGAAGAAAGUGCACAGUUCUACGAGAUGGCGCGUCAUCCGCAGUGGUUUGCACGCCUGUGUGCUUCUCUUGCACCGUCCAUUUUUGGGUUGCAACACGUCAAGGAGGCCAUUGUUUUGGCUGUGGUUGGAGGCACGGCGCACACGAUGCGUACACGCAGUAAUAUUCAUUUGCUUAUGGUGGGGGAUCCGGGUCUUGGGAAGUCACAAUUGUUGCGUUCUGCUUGCACCAUUGCAGCACGUAGUGCUUUUGUAUGUGCUCAUACGUCUUCCUCCUGCGGUUUGACACUCACGCUAACGAGAGAUCCAACUUCCGGGGAAACCGCCUUUGAGGCUGGGGCGGUUGUACACGGCGACGGAGGAAUUACUUGCAUAGACGAAAUUGACAAGGGUGUCACAGAACACAGGGCGCUUCUUGAGAAGAUGGAGCAGGAGAC